UUGGUAUGUGGGAGGCACUGGCAAACAUCCUGGUUUAUGAACUGUCUGUCAGCUGCAUAUGAAGCAGUGCACACUCGCUUUAGUGGGGAAGAAGAAGAGGAAGAAGAGAGGGACGAGGAGAGAGCAUUUACAGCCAGAGAGAGAGAGACAAAGGAGGGAAAACAGAUUGUGUGUUUGAAUGCAUCGCCUCUGGUGGAGCCUCAGUAAGGACGAGGAAGAGCAGCUCUGCAGUCUUCAGUGUGACAGCAUCACUUUCUGCUUCGGCCAGUUUGGAGCAGAGGAGCAGGAGGAAGUCGGAGGAAAACUUUAAGCAGCUUUGGGGAUUUUAUUUGAUCAGAUAAAAGGAGCAUUUCGCUGAAACUGAGGAGCAAAGAUGAACCAAACUGCGUCCGUCUCUCAUCAGAUUGAGUGUCAGCCAAUCAAGGACACCAAGGAGUUCGUGGACGUCAGCCCGCCGCAGAGGAACUGGAAGGGCAUUGCCAUCUCCCUGCUGGUGAUCGUGGUGGUCUGCUCGCUCAUCACCAUGUCGGUGGUCGUCCUCACACCUGCGGAGCUCCCCAGCAGCAGCAAGUCCGGGCUUACUGUGGCUGAUCUGUACAAAGCGGAGUUCAGCGUCCAUGACCCCGAGGCUACAUGGAUCAGCGAUUCAGAGGUGGUGUACAGGAACCGCGACGGUCACGUGAUCAAGUUCAACUUUGACUCCAAUGAGACGGAAGUCAUUCUGACCAACAGCACGUUUGUGGCCUUCAAGGUGGUGAAGUACUCGCUCUCUGCAGAUCUGAAGUACGCGCUCUUCGCCUACGACGUCAAACAGAUGUACAGGUAUUCAUACACAGCGUCCUACAUUGUUUACAACAUCUACACCAGAGAGGUAAGGGAGCUCAACCCUCCGGAGGUUCACAACGCAGUGCUCCAACACGCAGCUUGGGGAAGACAAGGACAACAGCUGAUCUACAUCUUUGAGAACAACAUCUACUACCAGUCAGACGUGAAGAGUAACUCUCUGAGAAUCACCUCCUCUGGGAUGGAGGGAGUCAUCUUUAAUGGACUGGCCGACUGGCUGUAUGAAGAGGAGAUUCUGCGCUCACACUUGGCUCACUGGUGGUCGCCUGACGGAGAGCGACUGGCUUUCCUCACCAUCAACGACAGCUUGGUUCCCAACAUGAUUCUGCCCCAGUUCACCGGCAGCACCUACCCCAAAGGACUGCAGUACCCUUAUCCUAUGGCCGGUCAGGCGAACCCUGCCGUGAAGCUGUCGGUGGUCAACCUGUUCGGAGCCACACACACUCAAGAACUGCAGCCUCCUGAGCAGCUCAGGCUCAGGGAUUUCUACGUCACCAUGGUGAAGUGGAUCAGUGAUACUCACCUCGCAGUGCGGUGGGUCAACCGACCCCAGAAUGCUUCGCUGCUGACGGUGUGUGACGCGACCCUUGGAGUCUGUCUGCAGAGACACGAGGACUCUUCAGAGACGUGGCUCUCCCUGCAGAGACAGGAGCCGCUGUUCUCCAAGGACAGGAGCAGGUUUUUCCUCACGCUGCCCGUGAAACAAGGAGGCCAGGGAGAUUUCCACCACAUCACAAUGUUCACCAAAAAGUUACGAAGUGAUCAGGACGAAGUUCGACACUUGACGUCAGGAGACUGGGAGGUGACAAAAAUCGUAGCGUACGAUGAAAACAACCAGAUCAUAUACUUUCUGAGCACAGAGGACUCUGCACAACAGAGACAUUUAUACAGUGUGUCCACCCUCGGCCUGUUUCCACGACGAUGCCUCACCUGCGGACUGAAGGAGGACUGUUCGUUCUUUGACGCCGACGUCAGCACCGAUGCACAGCACGCCAUCCUGCACUGCAGAGGUCCUGGAGUUCCAGCUGUGUUGCUUCUGAGUUUCGAUGACGUGGACUCGUACUUCAUCUUAGAGAACAACCUCCCUCUGCGGUCGGCGCUGGAGACUAAAAAGAGGAUUCAGAGUGAAAUCCGGAUGAUCGCUAAUGACAACUUUGAGCUGCCUCUGAAGCUCAUCUAUCCUCCUGACUUCUCCGAGUCCUACCUCUACGGCCUUCUCCUUAUUGUCGGCAGUGCUCCAGGCGGCCAGGCGGUGACAGAGGAGUUCAGGCUGGACUGGGACUCGGUGCUGGUGGAGUCAGAGCAGGUCAUUGUAGCUCGACUCGACGGCAGAGGAUCCGGGUUCAGAGGUCAAAGGGUUUUACAGCAGGUCCAUCACAGGCUCGGCACAGUGGACGCAGAGGACCAGUUAGCGGCUCUGGAGUACCUGACGAAGCUGCCGUUCAUAGAUCGCACUCGUGUGGGAGUCUUUGGAGAGGACUACGGCGGCUUCCUCACACUGACCAUGCUGAAGUCAACUGAGAAGCUGAUCAGAUGUGCUGCGGCUCAGGCUCCUGUCACUGACUGGUCCAUGUACGCUUCUGCAUUUUCGGAGAGAUACCUCGGCUCACCUUCAACUGAGGAGAACAGAUACCAAGCAUCCAAAGUCCUGACCAACAUGAAAGGUCUGCAGGGAGGAACUCUGUUUCUGGCUCACGGCACUGCUGACGCCAACGUUCACUUCCAGCACUCGGCAGAGCUCAUUAAACACUUGAUAAAGAUCGGAGCCAACUAUACUAUGCAGAUCUACCCAGACGAGGGACACUUUCUGUCAAGACGCAGCCGGAUUCAGCUGACUCACUCCCUAAUUGCCUAUUUCCGAGGAUGUCUACUUGACGCAUCAUCAUUACUCGACCAACAACAGCGGGAUGAUGAGUGAGAGGCAGCGUGGUUGUUAUUACUGGACCGUGUGUGUUUAAGAGUGUAUGUGCCCCUGGUAGACUGAGCGUGUGUGUGUGUGUGUGCGUGUGUUUUAUACCUGUAGCACAACAUUUGAUGGACAAAACAAGCUUCUUCUCAACAUAUCAGUUAUAGUUUCUAUCACUCAUCAGCUCAGUAGACUAAAGCUCCUACAGUCGGCUCUGCUGUCAGGUGUCAUGAUGACAAUAGAGGUCUAUCAGAGAGAUGUUGAGUAUGUGAAAUGUUGCCUCUGUCUCGCUGACAGAACAUUGAAAGUGUUAAGGUUUUUGGUUUGAUGGCGAGAUUUUAAAAUUCUGCAGAAUGUGGGGGAGGUUUGGAAGAGGAGGUCAUAAAAUCUGAAAAGUGAUUAACUUGCACAGGAAAGUACAUCUGUGACCAAAACAACACUCCCAGCUUCUCAAAUACAGCAGCUUGGUCAGAAGCCCUACGUUUCAAACUAUGACACCCUAGGUACCCCUCUAGCAUCAGUUUUGGAUCCACAGGGACAGCGGGUCAGUUUCUACUCGUUAGGCCUAGUUCAAACCAAAGAUUUUAGAACAUGGCAGAGAAAAGUUGAAGCAGUGUGAGCGGUCUCAAACCGGCUGAUGGUGUCAUCUGCAACUCAGCUGGUCAAAUCGCCGACAGCUGGUUUGGCAUGUCACCUGUUUCGACAGCCAAUAAGCCUGUAAUGGAGAUGCUCGUUUUGUUUGACGUUUCAUCACUUCUACAAAUGCAGCUGUAGCCAGUAUCUCACUAUCACUAUCCUCAUUCACAUCUUAAAAGAAGCUACAAAUUAUACUCAGCCACAAAAUAAACCUGAAAAGCUGCAAAUCAGAACAGAAGUACAGAGAGUUGUUGCAUAGCGAUGAUACACCAUCUCAUCUAGUUGCACUGGUGUGAACCGGCAGGUUUUUAGAACGUUGAAGAACAGUGCAUUGCAAGUAGUUGCCUGUUUCAACUUAUCCUGUUGCGAAUGUUUGUUCUGAACUGGGCAUUACAUGCAUAGUGUCUUUUCAAAAUAAAAAUCCAUGGUCACAGGUAAAGUAGGUUCCAUCACCAAAACUACUUCAGGUUUAGGCAACAAAACUACUUGGUUAGGAUAACAAUAAAGAAGCGGUGGGUACGGUAUUAAAAAAUCCAUUCUCAAGUAAAAAUGCAGUUACUCUCUUAACCCUUUGAAACCGGAGAAAAUUGUCUUGAUUUGUUUUAAAAACAUGGGAAUAAAGCAGCGAGCAAUAAAGGACGAAAUGACUUGCAAGAAAUUGGUGAAAAGAGAAAAUCAAAAACAACAAAUUCUAAAAAAAACAAAACAAGAAAAUUAGUAGGAAAAAAGUUAAAAACUAACAAACAAGUACAUGUAAAAUAAUUAUGUAACAUCAAUUAAAAUGUAAUAAUAAUAAUAAUUAUAAUAUAGUUUUUCCCCAAUGUUUCAAAUUUUUUCUUUAUUCAAGAAAUCUGUAUACAAAAAGGAGAAAAGAAAAUGAGAACAAACGUCAUAAAAUUAAAAGCAGAUACACUGGAUCGCAGCACAUAAAAUAAUUAGCAAGAUCAAAUAAACAGAAAAUAAUAAUGAAAUCCUUGAAAAUAAUCAACAACUUAAACUAAAUCUGAAAUCAUAUAAAUAAACCCUCCCACACACCCCCUACCUCAGGGACCUGGACAUUUAUAUAAUUUUCUAAAUCAAUUUUAAUUUAAUUUAAUUUAAUUUAAUUUUAAAAAAUGGGUGUUAGCCUGUCAGCAAAUAUUUUGUAGGGCACGGGGAAACGGAGAUCUGUGUGGGUACAUGAGACCCGAAAAACAAGCGUGGGUCAUGGGGAGUACCACCAGUUGGUCCAGGAGCUUCUCCUCCAUGAUGGUCGUUUGUAGGCAUAUUUUAGGAUGACUUGGGGGCAGUUUGACAACCUGCUGUCUAUCUUCAAGCCUAGCAUAACAAAAAUUAAUAUUAACUCUGGGAAUUCCAUAACAAAAUUAUUUGCAUAUUCUAUAUAAACUAUAAAAACUGGCAAGAGAGAAAAACAAACAGGAGUUACACACGAAUUACUGGCAUAUAAUUACAUGAGAUAGAUACAAAUUUUGGUGUUACUUUUCAUCGAUAUACGUACCAACAGUGCAUGAGAACAUACAAAUGCUAAAGGGUGCCUUGUGCGUCGACUGCCACUGACCAAGCUACUGUAUUUGUUGCCAUGGAAACAAGAACAGGCUGACAAAAAAACAAAAAACAAAACAGUCCUGGUUCACUCAAAAUAAGAAAACCAGUGUGUCAUGUUAAGUCUUGUAUACAAGACAGAUACAGAUAUGGUGACAGAUGUGUGAAGUCAUUAAACCUUUAAUUAGGCAGCAAUAGAGUAAACACGUACAGUAUUUAUUACACUGUCUCCUUGUCAGUAUUAGCUGAGAUUUAUUUGUUCUUUUAUUUUUUUAACAUUUCACACCAACUUUUUUUCUCAAGGUUAAGCUUAAAGGGGCAAUUGAUUUUUGUUGUCCCAUAGUGCAAAAUGGUCACUAUCGAUCUGCAGUAGCUUAAUGACAUUGUUGAUGAAUAUGUUUGUACUUUAUUCUUAAAACAAAUCUGCAGCUGAUUAUUUUUCUUUUUUUUUAAAUGAGGAUUUAUUGUAUAGCUUUGACACCUGGAGUUCGCAUUCUGCUGUAAUGUACUCAUAUCUCGUGCAAAUGCCAUUUCAUGUUAUAAUAGUUGCCUGGUAUUAUUCACAGUUUAAUUUUCUAUGGUUUUAUAUUUUCUACUGGACGCCAAAAUGUUUCUGUCCUUCGCUGAAAAAAAAAAAGUAUUAAUAUUAUUUUGGUUUUGUAGACUUGAUUUGAACUCAUGUCCUAAUUUAUGAAUAAAAAAUGUGUCUUGAUGAAUUAGUGCCAUUGCUCCUCACUUGUUCAUUUCCACCAGGGAUGUCAGUCUCAGUUAUUUUUGCUUUUGAAAGGCCAUUAACCAAUUACUAACCGGUUAAUUUUCAAGGAAAAAAAAAGACGUGAAAUGCGAGAGGUUUUUUCUUUUAGUCCGGAGCUCCUCUGGUCUUUUGGCUGUUCUGCACUGAGCACGACCGUGGUCGGGAGGUAGCAAUGGCCGAAUGAGCGUCGCCACAGCCAUUCCAACUGUUUGGCCACUCCGACAAUUGGCUGCAAAGCUCGGCAUGCUUCCAGACCUGGUCUCACUCCGAAGUCAUCGAAAUGCAGCACUUGGGCAGUGACUUGCAGCAUCCCCUAUGUCGGAGAAACACUGCAGGACAUGAACGCAAUUAAAGGCAAACAAAAGUCCGAGUAGGGCCGGUGGAUGGGUCCAACAAACCCUAACUUUCACCCAGGAGAGCGCCGUUUGUGUCCUACAAGAUUAUAAAGCCAAACCCUGUUCUUUUUUCCCAAACCUAACCACGUGCUUUUGUUGCCUAAACCCAACCACAUGUGUUAGUUAUUGAAGGCAAAAAAUAUUCCAUUCUCAGUGUUGUACCGACGCUUUUAUUUUGAAAGAGACUGAAUGCAAACUGUACAUCACCUGUGAAAACAGAGGUGUAUUUUGAAAGAAGACAAUGCAUGUAACGGGCUGAAGUUGACACGGCGUCCCAGGAAGUCAACAUUCAACACACCCACGGUACCUUUUACGUCAUAUCUGGAACUGGAAAAUCCAUGACCGAACGUCGAUAUGUGACGAGGUUGGAACAAGAAUGUGUGAAGCUAAAUUAACCUAUAGACCGACAUGAGCAACCAGUCAGAAAUAUUCUCAGUUUUUUAAUAGUCCCUACUUUCCACCAACUCAAAGUUUUGUUUGGAAACACUCCCAGGUUAUGGUGUUACCCAGGAAGCAGUGCAAUAACAGGCAUCACAAAAAAUGUCCCUCAUAUUUGCAGACAAUUAACUAUCGGCCAUUAAUCUCAGUGAUAAGAGGCCUGAUGCUUUCAGAGGAGCUGACACGUGCUCAGUGUCUCGACUUUAAUUUUUAAACCAUUAAUAACACAUGAAAAGAAAAACUGUCCAUCUCAGAUUGUGAUAAUCCCCGAACGCACAGCUAUCGGUUGCCAUGCCAACGUGCUGGGUAGCCUCGGAUACUCUCUGAUGCAACGUCUUCAAAGGCGUGUGUCUGCUGAGCCGCAAAGAAACCCACCCGCUGAAGCGCCCCACUGCCUUUGCUCUGUAACAUUUGACGCCACCAUUGAGGCCAAUUUAUAGAAGCAGUCUGUGAAGUCAUGGUUAUUGUUUUGUCUUGGGGUUUGUUCUGUGAGUUUGACUAGAUUUUUUUUUUGUUUUUCUGGGGGGAAACAUUGCGGGU